AAUAAUAAUAAUAAUAAUAAUAAUAAUAAUAAUAAUAAUAAUAAUAAUAAUAAUAAUAAUAAUAAUAAUAAUAAUAAUAAUAAUAAUAAUAAUAAUAAUAAUAAUAAUAAUAAUAAUAAUAAUAAUAAUAAUAAUAAUAAUAAUAAUAAUAAUAAUAAUAAUAAUAAUAAUAAUAAUAAUAAUAAUAAUAAUAAUAAUAAUAAUAAUAAUAAUAAUAAUAAUAAUAAUAAUAAUAAUAAUAAUAAUAAUAAUAAUAAUAAUAAUAAUAAUAAUAAUAAUAAUAAUAAUAAUAAUAAUAAUAAUAAUAAUAAUAAUAAUAAUAAUAAUAAUAAUAAUAAUAAUAAUAAUAAUAAUAAUAAUAAUAAUAAUAAUAAUAAUAAUAAUAAUAAUAAUAAUAAUAAUAAUAAUAAUAAUAAUAAUAAUAAUAAUAAUAAUAAUAAUAAUAAUAAUAAUAAUAAUAAUAAUAAUAAUAAUAAUAAUAAUAAUAAUAAUAAUAAUAAUAAUAAUAAUAAUAAUAAUAAUAAUAAUAAUAAUAAUAAUAAUAAUAAUAAUAAUAAUAAUAAUAAUAAUAAUAAUAAUAAUAAUAAUAAUAAUAAUAAUAAUAAUAAU